AUGCUUCUUCCCACCUUGCUCGUCGGCGCGCUUGCCUCGGAGCUCGUCGCAGCCUGCGGCGGACAAGGCCAUGGCCUGUCGAGACGCUCGGCGACCCAGCAGGCGCCCAUCGGCAGUCCGACGCUGAUGAUCAACGGCGUCCCGUUCUCGACCCGGGCACACUGGAUGCGCGAGGCGAACAAAGCUCUGGGGGCGCCCUGUCCGUUCGCCGCGUUCGGCACCGUGAUCGUCAACCACACGGACGCAUCCGGCCCCGGGAAGCUGGUGUGCACCGGGGCCAACAGCAACAGCAAGCUAGGCAACCCUACCCUGCACGGUGAGAUGGCGGCGAUAAACAACUGCACCGCCAUCCUCACGGACCCGAGCGGGCCCUACAGGCUCUCGCCGGCGGGCGCGCUCAAGGCGUUUGCGCAGCUGUCGCUAUACACCAACGCCGAGAGCUGCCCCAUGUGCGCCUCGGCGAUCCGGUGGGCCGGGUUCCGCGAGUACGUCUACGGCACGAGCAUCGACACCCUGGUCGAGAAGGGCUGGGGCCAGAUCCGCAUCUCGUCGCUCGAGGUCUUCCGGCAGAGCUUCGACCUGCCGUACCAGAGCCGUCUGAUGGGGGAGGUGCUGACGAACGAGACCGACCCGUACUUCCUGUGGCAGUUCGACCCGGAGUAUCCGUGCCCCAAGGGAUGCGCGCGGGUGAACCAGAGCUGCAGUGCUGUGUAG